AGAAGUGUGUUUUAGGAACCUCCAGCAUGACUUCUGCUGUAUGUUGACCAUAGAGUCAUGCUGGAGGACCUAGAGAUUCCUAGAGAGAACAUAUUAAUCAAAUCUGAAUAAUCCAAUCUGCAAAGAUGAAAGCCACAUAUGUGGAGGGUUGACUGUAUUUCAGUUCCUUGUUAUCUAGGUUGAAUUUCUGUAAAUCCUCCAUGGUCAUUUUUGUUUUCUUUCUGUUCAGCUUUAAGCCUGCCUUUGACCUUCCUUAACAAUUGUUACAAGUAUUUUAAUUAAAUCCCUCUAUGACAACUGGAGUGAAAUAAAGGAAAGGGGCAGUGGUAGCACUGCAACACUAAUGGAAAUUUUAGGCACUUCAUAAGUUAUGGCAAUAAUAACCUGAACUUGGGAGGAGAUUGUUUUAAGCUAUAUCUCCCAGUAGCCAUGAAGGCCAAGGGAUUUAGAGUUGCACUCCAAAAUGUUAACUUUUGCAACCUCUUAUAGUAAGGCCCAUUUGUUAUUAACAUUAUGAGUCUCUAUAUGGGUUUGAAAGCUGGAUGGUGAAGAUGGCUGAUAGGAAGAAAAUCAACUCUUUUGGGAUGUGCUGGAGAAAUGUUCUGCAAAUACUGUGGUUGGCCCAAAAGACAAACAAAUAGGUCCUGGAAUAAAUCAGCUGAACUCUCCCUAGAAGUAAGGAUGAAUAAAUUAAGCUGUCUUAUUUUGGGCACAUAAUGAGAAGACAUGAUUCAUUAGAAAAUAGGAUGUUGUUUAGAAAGAUAAAAAGCAGUAGGAAGAGAGGAAGACCACACAUGAGAUGGAUAGACUCAGUCAAAGAAGACACCUAAGGGUAGUUGAAGAUCGAGAGUCUUGGAGAUGCUUCAUUUACAGGAUCACUAGAGGAAGAACGUCAUCUGUUCUGUCAUCUGUUCCACUACAGAUUCUUCUCUAUUUAAAUGGAAUGUAUUAUAUAUUUUAUUUCUUUGCAGCCUUGCUGAUGAUCAUUUAUAAAAGUCAAGUUUUCGCUUACCCAGAUAAUUUUUUGACUCUUGAUCUCAUAUUGCUGCUUAUUAUGGCAAUUCUAGAAGCAAUCCGGCUGUAUUUUGGUACUAAAGGGAAUCUGACAGAAGACGAGGCUCCCCUUGGAUUCAGCCUUGUGAUCACUGCUAUCUGUGUAAUUCUGUCUGUCUACUUUCUAGUGUGGCAAACCUAUGUCCUAAGAGCAGAUGCCAUUAUUAAUGUUGUGCUUCUUGUUGCAUAUGGACUAGAAGGAAUUCUCCAAGUCAUAGCCAUUGCUGCAUUUGUCAGCUAAAUCAUGUUGCUGCCUGUGGCACAUUUGUCUCAUAUGUAUAUAUGUAUUUGUGUGUGUGUGUGUGUGUGUAUAGAUAUAUUCAAAAAGAAGCAACACGCAUAUUUUAUAGGAUGUCCUUGUAAACAUAUGUAAAUAUUCAUGAAGUCAUGUGUAGUAGGUUUUGUACAGUCAUUAAGUUUUAACAUUUUAUUUCAUGAGGGAUAAAUGCAUUGCAAUUUGGGAUUAAAUGUUUGUACUCAACUUGA